UUAAGCAUUUGGUUUAGUGGUGUGGAUCUCAUCUGACCCACCCCAAUCCCAAGGUUCAAAACCCCAUCCUCGUUUGUUUUUUCAUUCUUUUCCGCACAGUUUUUUUUCUUUCUUUUUCGCAAGGUUGACAAAACGAUAAAACGAUGUUGUAUUCAUGUAUUGCGUUAAACUAAAACACGGAAGAAGGAAUAGUUAAAUGUAUAAUGUUGAUGCUAGUUUUGACCCCAAUACGAAGGAAGCAUGCGUAGGAAUGGUGGUGCGAGAUGAUCGCCCAACCUCUGUCUCCUAUUCUCUUGUUUCACUUCUCCCUCCAAUCCCCUUUCUUCCUCCUCAUCUCCGACCAUCUGUCUUCUCGGCCCGCACCAUGAAGCACGCUUAUCUUCUAGCCGCCUUAAUCGUGGCUGUGUUGGUGGCGGUGAUGAGGCACCUGCCGCCACCGUAUGAGGUCGAGAAGGAGGAGUUGGCGGCCGCCGCCGCCGCCCUAAUAGCCUCACUCAACAUCCACGCUCUGGACAUGGACACCCUCCGUCGGACAAGAAGUUGAUGGCCAAGGGAGAGUUUGAUUCGAGCUACACCGGCUUCACGGUAGACAACACAGAUGUCAAAAUUAAAAGCUUGUUAAUUGCCAUAAUCCAAGUGGAGGGUUUGAAACUAUAGAUGAAGUAGCUCCUGGAGCCUACCGUU